CUGAGCUCUCGCGUCUGUGUACCCAUAGUUACAUAUACCAGUAUACCACCAUGACGAAAUGCUGGCUGCUGCUCCUCUUAUUGGCGUUUAUCUUGCCCACUGCGCGCGCGGCAUGGUGCCAUCCCGACGACCUCCGCGCGUUGCGGGGCUUUGCCGGGAACCUCAGCGGCGGGGGUGUCCUUCUUCGAGCCGCGUGGCGCGGCACUUCGUGCUGCAGCUGGGAAGGUGUGGGUUGCGAUGGUGCCAGCGGCCGUGUCACGGCACUACGGCUCCCCGGGCAUGACCUUGCGGGGCCCAUCCCAGGAGCCUCUCUGGCGGGCCUCACGCGGCUGGAGGAGCUUUUUCUCGGCUCCAACUCUUUCACGGGAUCACUUCCUGAGGCGCUCUUUGGCCUUGUUGGGCUGCAGAAGCUCUCACUCGAAUCCAACGAGCUCACUGGCCAGCUGAGCUCGCGCCUCCACAAGCUUAAGGUCCUCACCUUGCUAGACUUGUCCAUCAACCGCUUCUCCGGCCGCCUCCCAGAUGACAUGUUCUGUGACCUUACGUCACUAGAGCAUUUGGUCAUGCACUCCAACAACUUCUUUGGAUCAUUGCCGCCAUCCCUAUCGUCACUGUCAUCUCUCCGUGAGCUCAGCCUCCGGAACAACUCCUUGUCUGGUGCGCUUGCCCGUGUCAAUUUCUCUGGCAUGCCACUUCUUGCUUCGGUUGACUUUGCCGCAAACUACCUCAAUGGGUCACUCCCGACUAGCCUCGCGGAUUGCAACGUACUCAAGUCGCUCAGCCUUGCCAGCAACCAACUGGUUGGCACCAUUCCAUUGUGGAUUGGUGAACUUGACCACCUUCACUACCUGGAUCUCUCAAAUAAUUCAUUGGUUGGUGAGGUACCCAAGGGAUUGACACUGCUCAAGGGUCUCACCGCCGCUGAUCAUUCACCGGGUAUGGCUUUCACUAACAUGUCAUUUUAUGUGAAGUGUAAUAGAAGAACACUGCAACAACAAAAACCAAAUGUCAUAACUGGGACCAACAACUUUGUCAAAUCUGGGGAGGGCAAUGUUGUAUCUGGGAAUGACAACACUGUUGUAUCUGGUGACAGCAACACCGUAUCUGGGAGCGAUAAUACUGUCACAUCUGGGGACAAGAAUGUCCUAACUGGUAGCAACCAUGUUGUAUCUGGGAGCAACAAUGUUGUAUCUGAAAACGACCAUGUCGUAAAUGGGAAUGGCAAUACCGUAUCCGGGGGGAACAAUAAGGUAACCGGCAACAACAAUGUUGUAUCUGGGAGUGACCACGUCGUAUAUGGGAACGACAGAGUCGUAACUGGAGGUUAAUGAUCUGUUAGUGGGUUGAUUAUGUCUUCCCUGACAGAGCUCACAUGUCCUUGUCCAAGUUCAGUGUGGCCCACAAUCACUUAUUGGGGCCAAUCAUAGUUUGUAACUUCAUGGAUAUAGCAUACCGUUUCCUACUCAAAAUAAAAAUUUCCCUGUAAUAUCUACAAAACUUUUACAUAAAUGUUGACCUGAACAGCAACGAUGGCCUGCAACUGAUGUAGACCAAGCAUGUUUCCGUAUGUACCGCUUUGCAUCGUGGAUGUCUAGAUGUGGUGAUUUUCUAUCUCCUUCUCUGUGUUGUGUGACGCUUUCUUAUUUUUGCUGACUGGGCUAUGAAUCAUAUACCCAUCAAUGUCAAAUUUCAAUGUUAGAUGGAGUAGCAAAUUACAACUACUUAAUGCCAGCUAGUUGUACACUUAUGUAGUGCAAGUUUCAAUGUUACACGCAUCAAUGUCAAAUGUUUGGAUGAAGGUAUA